AUGUCUUCAACCGCACGGAUUCCCGUCAUCGACAUCUUGGGAGACUCCGACGACGUCGCUCGGCAAGUCCUCGCCGCUGCUUCCACGCACGGCUUCCUCUUCAUCAAGAACGAUGGUGUGACGAUACCCCCUCAGGAUAUUGCCGCCAUGUUCGACCUGUCGCGAGCAUUCUUCAGUCUGCCAGAGGAGGACAAGGCCGAAUGGGCCAUCCAUUCUACCAAAGCCGGCCUGAAUAGAGGGUGGGUACGGAUGCAGGGUGAAUCGCUCGACCCAGAGACUACCAAGCAAGGCGACCCAAAAGAAGCUUUCAACAUCGCCGAACCCGUCCCCACCCUACAACCGCUUCCCCCAAUCCUCUCCGCUUCUUCUGAUCUUAUCCUCCGCUUCCAAACCGCCUGCCACACGCUCUGCACACGCAUCUUGACCCUUCUCGGCACCGCCCUGCAGAUCCCCGACCCGGACUGGUUCACGUCAAGGCACGACCAAACCCUCAACAAGCCGUCAGGCACUGUCUUCCGCCUACUUCACUACCCCAAGGUGGAGCGUUCCUCCCAAGACCGAGAUGAGAAGCGCGUCCUCGCCGGCGCACACUCAGACUACGGUUCCAUCACCCUACUCUUCCGCCAACCGACCCAGUCCCAGGCGGGACUGGAAGUGCUGACCCCUUCGCGGACGUGGGCUCGCGUACCAAUCAACCCUGACCCUGCUACUCUCUCCGAACCUCCCAUCUUAGUCAACAUAGGCGAUCUAUUGUCCUUCUGGACCAAGGGCAUGCUGAAGAGUACUGUGCAUCGGGUCGUAUCUGGCGGGCAUGGUGAAUGCGGUGUCACUAGGGCCAAUGGCGACAGAUAUAGCAUGGCGUACUUCUGUCACCCAUUGAACGAGGCGAAACUGGAACCUGUGCCGAGCGAGGUGAUUAGGCAGUAUGGCGAUCGAGGUGCCGAAGAGCUGGAAGCGCAGAGGAAGAAGGUGGGGUGGAAGCCGGGUGAAGCAAUCACCGCGCAGGAGCAUCUGGAGAGGAGGUUGAAGUCGACCUAUAUGCUUUAG